AUGCUCCUUUGCUCGCUCGACCUUGCGGUCAAUGUCGCCCUGCCAGACAUCACAGCCGACUUGGGCACGGACCUCCGCACCGUUCAAUGGAUAAUCGUGCUGUACGUCGGCGGCAGCACAAGCCUCCAACUCGGACUGGGCGGCGCUGCCGACGUGUAUGGCCUGCGGCGUUUCUACAUCAUCGGACUGGCGGCUUAUGCCCUCGCGGUGCUCCUGAUAGGUCUUGCGCCGACGCUCCCGUUCGUGCUUGGACUGCGGGUGAUGCAGGCAAUUGGCAACGGGCUGAUUGCCGCGUCGGCUCCCGCGCUGAUAACCAGCAUAUUCCCGUCUGAUGAGCGCGGCAAAGCAUUGGGAUUGAUGGCCGCCAUAUCCACGCUGGGCAUGAUUGCCGCGACCCUUGGCGGCGGCGUGCUCGUGGAUACAUUCGGCUGGCGCUCGAUAUUCCUCGCGCGUGUCCCCCUUACUCUCAUCACCAUCCUACUUGCGCUCGCAAUACUUUCCGAGUACAAGACGGAAGGCAGGCAGCGCUUCGACCUGCGCGGCGCGGCGCUCGCAUUCGUCGGGCUUGCCUGCCUGGUGCUGUUUCUCACGCUGGGAGGCAGGAGCGGCUGGCUUUCGCCCACAGUUGUCAUUCUAGGCAUAGGUGCCGCGGCCACACUCGUCCUGCUGCUACGAUUGGAGCAAAGAGUGCCGCGUCCUGUGCUCGACCCCAAGUUGCUGACGCAUCCGUUGCUUGCGCCUGUUAUAACGGCAUCUUUCCUGAUGUUCAUGGCGACAUUCGUGAACCUGUUCAUAUUGCCGUUUUACGUGUCCGACGUGCUCAAAGUAGAUGCAAAGGCCUUGGGGUUCCUGCUGAUGCUCACGCCCGUAAUCGCGGGCAGCGUAGCUCCCGUCGGGGGCUGGCUCUCCGACAGAAUGCCUCCCGCAUACCUAACGACGACCGCUCUUGUAAUAUCGGCGGCUUCCAUGCUCUGGUUCAGUACGUUGACCGCGGAGUCGGGGAGUGGGAGAUGUCGCGCUGCGGAUGGCGGUAGGCGGCAUCGGGAUGGGCGUAUUUCAGGCGGCGAACGCGACACUGAUAAUGGGCGCAGUGCCGCGUGA